AUGGCACCAGUCAUCGCCAGCACAGGUCAGACCCGGUCGCGGCUGCCUCCGAAAUGGAUGCAGCCGCACCGCGCCACUCCCAAGACCGUCGUCGCCGACUCCAAACCAAUCGAACGCAGCGCGUCUGCCGUGACCCGAGACAGUCCCGUCCGCUGGUCCACUCAUACGCUUGCUGGCGACUCCAACGAUACCGUUCGCAGUCGCGCCGAAUCCACCACCUCCACCUACGUCGACACAUUCGCCCACCGUCGCAAGAGCCGCAUCAGCGAUCUAACUUGCAUCGACCACGCCGAUCCCACCGACAUCGCCCAUCUCACCCCUUCGCAAAGCCUUGCCUCCAGUAUCAACGAUCUCUCACUCACCCUCAAUGACGAUGAUGAACUACCCAGUACAACAAUGCCACAUGACGACAAGCUCGCUCAUUACAAUCGCAGCGAUGACAUUGUAAUCUCCGACGCCGACCGGAAUUCCUCUGCCGCUGCUAGCUAUCCCAUCCAUGACGACACCGACGAUGACAAUGAAGACGACGAUGACCUCGCAGAGAGGAUUGACAGGCUCAUGGCUGCCACGAUGGAAGCUUUGGAAGCGUCCAACGCGCUCGUCCUGGACACACUCGCAUCUAGAGCCAAGCUUGCGCAGCUCAACGCCAUGGAGGCAGCCCUCGAUUCUCAUCUCGACACCAGAGAGGCCCACCUGCGCCGCCAGAUCACUGCCGUUUCAGACAUGUCCGACUUUAUGGCUAGAACGACGGCGGAGCUAGACAAGCUCACACGUCUUGGUCAAGCUUCCCGCCGGUCUUCUGUCGACCCCUCGUCUGCAAACCCCAUCACCGCCCUGGCUGACGCAGCUGGUCUCCAAGUUCGUGGUGCCGCUGCAGCGGGUAUCGUACAGGCGCAAGAUCGAGACGCUACCAUUGGCAAGACCGCCGCGAAACGCCUCGAACGCAUGCUUCACGCACCCACCACUCCCAGUGCCUCGCCAUCGUCCGCCGCCUCUCCCCAGCGUCGCGAUCCCAAUCCUUCGAGACGGGCGUUCUCGAUAUCCAACUUUGCUUCUGUGCAGUCGAGCAUUGCCGAAGAAUCGCCGGUCGAACAUCAAGAGCCCACCGGUCAGCAGCCUCCCUCAGCGUCGACUACGCCCAAGCUGGCAGCGCACUCGACCUCUGACAGCCGCGAUGGCACACCACAGAAGAAGCGUUCGGUCAGCUACGACAGCCGAGCCUCCUCAAGCAUCAACUUGAUGUCCAAACUGGGCGGGCCAUCGAGAACGGCGUCGGCAGCUGGAGCCGCCUUCACAUCCACAGCAGUCACCGCCCCAUCAAUCGCCAUGGGACCCUCGGCUGCACCUCCAGCAGCAUCAGUGCCUGCGGCCGGCAAAUCAGGCCCCGGUGUGAUAGACUUCAACGAGACAGCAAGUUCGCGGGUCCUUGCCUCGGCUCAGCCCAUUCAGAGGCCUUCACUCAUGGCAGCACUCCGCCAGGACUCAGCCCAGCCAUCCAAAUCCUCAGCAUCAAACACGCGGACGACCAAGUCCAAGGACGUGGUAGCUGCGACCGACCCGCAAGCAAUCUCCGGCCUUCCAACUUACAGUCGGGCAACCAGCCUCAAAGCUGAAGCUUCUACAGCAUCAGCUUCCAAGUCGGCCGAGUCGACGCUCGCAGCCCUGCUCGGCAUGUCGACGGCGCCAGCCUCGGCCUCUGUAUCCUCGCGCAACGAGACGCCAUCCGACUCGUCGUACUUUGACAGUGCUACCGAGGGCUCGAUGCUCUCCGCUUCCCCUCCGACCCCGGGCAGCAUGCAUGCCAUUCGAGGCGUGCUUGCCACGCCCUGGAAGCCCGCCGCACGAGAUGGAGCUGGCCAAGAUUUCGAAGCGUCUUCGUCGCACGAGAACCCAUCGACGGAUCAGGCGGCUGCCAAGCUUCGCCGUGUAUCGGGGCAGUACUCGACGUUUGUAAGCCCACGGGCCUCGCUGUCGAUAUCGGAUCGCGAGCGCGCGGGCCAGCUCUCAUCGCAACUGGCCGAGCUUCGCGCCGAGCGGGUCACGUGGAAUUCGAUUGCUGCGUCAGAGGCCGGCACGACAGGUGCGCCGACCACAGGAUCGGGCGCGAGUGGGGGCGGUGCGCUUCGUGCCCUGCAGAAGCUCAAUGAGAUGUCAGCAGCCAAGAUCGCGGGUCAGAGCGGAGCUGCUGGCGAGGAGGAAGGCAGUGCGUGGUACAGCGGAGGAAAGCGCGUCUCGCUCGGGCUGGGACUGCCCAGCUUCUCGGCGUUGCGACCCAGCGCGUCUCGAUCCACCUCGACCGCCGGACCAUCGGAAGCACACUCUUCGCCUUCUCCUGCUCCGGCACGGCCCCCAACGGCCAAGACCGAAUCUGGCGCCGAGAGCCAACUGCCACCAUCGGCAACGUCGGAGGAAGAAGACGCUGAGGCCGCCAACACGUCGUCGUCCUCGUUGCUAGGAGGAGGCUGGCGCUCGUGGACAGCUUGGAGCGCAGCUUCGGCCAGCACGGGUAGCGAGACGUCCACCCCACAGAGGUGUUCAGGUCGAACCACGGAGCUCUCGAGACUUGCAUCUGGUCCUCCACGUUCCUCGCCAACAUGGGCUGCACGUUCAGCAGCAGCUGAGGCCCGCCUGCGCCAUAUACGACUUCGACUCUCGAUCCUAUCCUCGAGUCGUAGCCAAUACGGCAGGCAGUGCCGACAUCGCAGCUUCCGUCGACAUUCCAGCUUGCGAGCGCUGCGGGGCGAGAUGGGCUCUGCCACGGUGGAAGAGUUCGUGGAGCUGCUCAACGCGGAGCAGCAUGUGGAUCUGCAAAAGCUGCGCGACCUUGCGCGGCACGGGGUGCAGCCUGCGGUGCGCGGCGAGGUGUGGCUGUACCUGCUGGGCGUGCUGAGCGACGACAAGGGGCAGGAGAUGACAUCGGUGCGCAGCAAGUAUCUCGAGUACGAGGCGUUGGACAAGCAUAAUCCGGCGCUCGAGAAGCGCGUGCGCAGCGAAUGCCAACGAUACUACCAGAAGCGGCUGGGCACAAGACCGCCGCCCGGCAGAACGCUCAUGCGCAGCUCGCGCAGCGUGGCGGCGAGAAGGCCCGGCGGAUACUCGGGCGGCAUAGGAAGUGCUGGCACAGGCACAAGCGACGGACCAGGAGCAGGAUCGACACUGGGCGGAGCAGUCGCGGCGAUGGGAAGCCCGCACUCGGUGAUGCCAGCGGUUGGAACGGCGGGCGUGGCCACAGCGACGUUGCUCGGUGCGGAUCGCGGGCCGAAUCGGGUGAACGAUGGGCGGAUCCACGCGCUGGGUGGGAUCAUUGGCGAGAGCGGCGUAUCAGCGGCGAUGGACGCGGACGAUCCGGAUGCAGCAGCUGCGCUCGAGCUCAAACGGUUCGGACGAAGCGUGGAGAGCAUCGUGUGCGCGUUUAUGAACCGAUGUGCGGCCGCCGAGGCAGCGCGCCGACGUGCAGGGGAUGCCAUCAACGCUGCAGCGCCAGCGAUUUACGAAGCGGAGACGAGCACGAGUCAGACAGCAACACACGCCAGCGAGGCGUCCAACGACGAGCGCCGGCAGGUCGAGUACUCGCAAUGGGGCGACGAUGCGUCGCGGUCCACCGACGCGGGCGAGGGUGCCAACGGCGCAGCAACGACUCGCUCGAAUGGCAGUCGGACACGGCACACACACUCGGGCGGGAGCAGCUCACGAUCGCGGUCGCGCGCGGGCUCGAUGAGCGGCGGCAGCAACGCAGCCGGUGGGAGUGGCCGUGACAAGGCCAGUGUGGAGGAAAGUGUUCGCUCGCGCAUGCCACGCGAGUACGAGUGGGAGCCGCAGAUCGCCACGGCUGCGGGCGGGCGCGCAGGCACCGCCUCCGAGUUCCACCCUGCGCUGGUGUACCUGUGUGCGCCGUUCGUGCAGUGCGUGCGCGUCGAGGCGGGCAUGUACUUUGCGUUCGAGAAGCUGAUGACGCUGAUGGCGCGGCACAGUGCGCGGCAUCCAUUGCCACGACAGGUGGCGACGUUUCUGACGCUGUUCCGGACGACGCUACCGGAGCUGCACUCGUACUUUGAGGAGGAGGAGGUGGACAUUAUCGGGUUCGCGACCAACUGGCUGCAGCAUCUGCUGGCGGGCGAGCUGCGCAUCGAAGACCUCAUGCGGCUGUGGGACACGUACUUUGCGCUACCGGAUUUCAUGGAUCUGCAUCUGUACGUGUGCAUUGCGAUCCUCACCAACUGCAAGGACUCGCUCGAGGAACUCGACCGGUCGGAGACGAGGAGCAUGCUCGACAGCCUGCCGCCGCUCGAUGUGGAUCGGAUUAUCAACGAGGCGAUCAACAUACGAUUGAGCCACCAGCGCUCACAGCGCACCGACGAGCUCUGA